GAAUCGAAACUAAAAGUAGACCACAAGCCGUCGUUGAUGUCGCCAUUUUACACGUUUGUUCAGAUAUGAUAUUUUAAAAAGAUACUAAUUCUUUGUUGCAGUUGUGUACACGUAAAGGUAUGUUCGACAUUGUGAAUUUGAACGGGAUUUUUAACUUUCAGCGGAUACAUUUUCUACUGUAGAGUAUGCCGGUACAGCGUAAGUUUUUCGAUUCUCAGUUUCAACAUCCACCUGCCCUACAGCAGGCAAAUGGGCUAAAUUGGGCUAAACAGAGUUACAGUCUGAGAACAAAUGGGGAACCAUCUCCAGGACCCACACUUCCUCAAUCAAGUGUGCUGUAUAAUGGAGCAGGUGUUAUGGGAGAAAAUGAAAGACCAGAUGAGGCACCUUCCCCUGCAGCUUCAUACUGCUCUUUCAAAAGCAAUCACUCAGUGGAUUGCCUAACUACAUUCAGUGACACAACCCAGAUACAUGGUGUUAAAAGAAUGCAACAAGAUGAGAUGUUAUUUACAUUACCCUCAAACCUGACUAUGGACUAUGCUCAGUCAGUGGAUCAGCAGACUAUGUUGAACGAUCCAACUCAACAUGCCGUUGCAGAUAAUAUUUUUUUAAAGUCACUUUCAGGAAUGAGAGCCUAUGUGAGAACUUCUCCAGCACCCUCAUACAUGUCUGCAAAAAGUGAUCAGUCAAUAGAUCGGCCGAUUGUGUUCACAAAUGAAACCGACCAUAACUACAUGAAUUUAAUUUCACAUGAAGCAGCAUCAUCAGCAGCUUCAUUAACAUCUUGGGAAAGCGAUCAGUCAGAUUGCCUGACUCAGUGGGAAAGAACAGAGUUGAGUUAUACAAGAAAAAGACAAUUUGAGACAACAUCUCCAGCUCCCUCAACCCUGUCUCUGCAGAGUCAUCAGUCAAUGGAUCGGCCAGCUGUGUUUAAAAAUGAAAAUCAACAACAAUGUAAAGCAGCAUCACCAGCACCUACAUUAACAUCUCUGAAAAGUGAGCUGUCAAUGGACCGACCAAUUGUGUUUGGAAAGAAGCAAAGUGCCAGGCUCAAAAGUGAAAGACCAGAUGAGGCACCUUCUCCUGUAACCUCAUUAUUCUCUUUAAAUAGCAUCAGUUCAAUGGAUCGGCCAAUUGUGUUCAAUGACAAAACUCAGCAUAACAAUGUUGAUCGGUUACUAGAAUCAGUGCGCCAAUUGAAUGAGGGACUGUCUCAAAAGUACAUGGAGUAUGAGAGAAAAAGACAAUUUGAGACAACAUCUCCAGCUCCCUCAACCCUGUCUCUGCAGAGUCAUCAGUCAAUGGAUCGGCCAGCUGUGUUUAAAAAUGAAAAUCAACAACAAUGUAAAGCAGCAUCACCAGCACCUACAUUAACAUCUCUGAAAAGUGAGCUGUCAAUGGACCGACCAAUUGUGUUUGGAAAGAAGCAAAGUGAAAGGCUCAAAAGUGAAAGACCAGAUGAGGCACCUUCUCCUGUAACCUCAUUAUUCUCUUUAAAUAGCAUCAGUUCAAUGGAUCGGCCAAUUGUGUUCAAUGACAAAACUCAGCAUAACAAUGUUGAUCGUCUAAAACCAUGUAAAGCAGCAUCUCCAGAACCAUCAAAAACUGAAUCUCUUAAAAUUGAGCAGUCACAAAGUUGCAGUACAAUUUCAGCCACUCUGCUGACAGAGGAUCACUACAGAUGCUUAGUUUGCUCACAAGUUUUUAAAGAUCCAGUUUCCCUCCCUUGUGGACACAGUUGCUGCAAACACUGUUUUUGGAGCUGCAAUAACAAACCAAAAAGUUACAGUUGUCCUCAGUGCAGUAAGAGGUUCAGAGGUCGUCCUAUGUUAAAUGUAAAUGUAGCUUUGGCUAAUCUGAUUGAGGAACUGAAGAGGGCAGGGUUUAGUCCUGUUCUUCCUGCUAAGUGCUUUGCUGGAUUUGAAGAUGUGGCCUGUGAUAUCUGUACUGAAAGGAAGCUCAAAGCUGUUAAAUCCUGUUUGACCUGCACUGCAUCUUACUGCGAGACCCACGUCAGACAACACUAUACAGUACCAGCACUGCAGAGACACAAACUGGUAGAGGCCAUACGUUUACCACAAAAAGACGGCAAAUCACAAGAAGAUGACCUUAAGGCGGCCUUGAAAGAAAGAGAUAUGCAGGCAAAACGUUUGUGUGGAGGAUUUGAAAUCCAUUGUAUUGAUUUCUCAGAUGUGAUUGAGAUGGCUGCUCUGCAUCACUCUUUGAGUCUUGGAAUGUUGUAUGACAGUCACAGUAAUUCAUUCUUACAAGAUAUUAUGUUAGAGGAAGACUCUGUUGCAUCUAUGAAGGUGUCUCUACCUCGUCCACAAACAUGUGUGAAGAUUUUAGAGUGUGACUCCUUUCAAGAUAGGUGCAGAGCAUUGGAUAUCUCUUCAUCAAUGCUGCAGAAAAGUAAAUCUGUACUGGCAAAACUGUCUGGAGCGGCAGCCUUUUUAAACCACCCUGAACAGUCGCAAAACCAGGACAGAGUUACACUACACUAUCGCACCACAACCAGACUAGACAUGAUUAGCCAAAGACUUUUAGAAGAAGUAACUCUCCCAUCAGUCAUUAAUGAAACAACAGCUACACAUGUGAUUAUUGGUGUGUGCUAUGGAGCACAGGCUGUUUUUGUUUUUGAUGAUUCUAAUCAGGGAAUAAGCGAAAAGAGAAGUACAGAAAUGAAAAAUAUUAUCAAGAAGAUCACCACCAGCAUCAGUGCAAGAGAUGUGUUUUUAAGUCUUAGUGAAACUGAAAAGGCUACCACCAUUUCACAUGACUGCAAUCUCUACAUUGAUAUGGGUGACUGGACGAAUCCAGUGUCUAUUGAAAAGGCACUGGAGAUCUAUGAUUCUCUGCCAUCAUUGCUUGGACCUAAAGGCGAGAAAGCUGUCCCUCUGAAAGUCUGGCUUUAUCCUCUGGAUAAGGAGGACAAAAGCUCUGUAAGUGCUGCUGUGAGUGGAGUCAGUGAAAAUUUGCAUGAAGCUGAGAAAAUUCUAGGAGAUUUGAGAAAACAAAUUAAGAUCUGUCAGGACAUGAUAACAGACUGCAACAACUUUAUGGUGAUUAUGUGGUUUCCAGCAAUAAAAGAAAAACUUGUGCAGUUUUUAGACUUUUUGCAGGAAUACAAGAAUAAUUUUCACAGAAGAAUUGCCGAAUCUAUGCACAUGAUAAAACAGGAACCAGAGAUGAGUUGGCAACAUUUCCUUGAAAGCCAUUACAAAUCACCAUUCCAUGCAGAGAAAACAAACCGGUGGCUGGAGAAUAAAGAAACUGAACUGAAGAUUCUUAAUGACUGCAAAGCUGCAGACAUCACUGUUGUCAAAUCACAAGCAGAGUUACAGCACAUCAUUAGUCACCCUCAGAAAAAAGAAGUGUUGUGUCUCAAUCUUUUUUCACCGGAUGCUGAGGAUGUAUAUCUUUCUGUUCUGAGAAAGCAUAUUAAUUGUGAUCACAUGACAUCACAUGAUUCACUGCUAACAAAUCUCACAGAUGUGCAUCUGUUUAUUGCCUCAAAAGAGACAAAUGAAGAUGAAGAGCAAACCAAGUUCAUUGCUGCAGCUGUACCUGAUAAGGAUUUUCCAAAAUACUCUGUUCAGUUUUAUCACGCACAAAGGAUUGUGAGCAGAAAUGUGAUGCUCGGAACAAAUCCAGACAUUGCACAAAUUGUUCAGAUAAAACACACCAGUGUAUCUUUGAAACUGAUUUUACAACAAGCCAAAAGCAAUGUGAGAUAUGUGGUGCAGUACAGGGCUUUGGAAAAUGAUGGAAAGAACUACACAUCUUGGAAUCACGACAUUGUUGAAGACCCAACACUCAAGAGAACCUGUAUCAUUUCAAACUUAAAAUCUGGCUAUCAUUAUCAACUGAGAUAUUCAGUUAUUGAGAAUGAUAGAAUGAGCAGCUUCAGUAAGAUUAUACAUUUUCAGACAGCAGUUGCAGCAACACCUGGGGACCCCCUGGUGAACAAGCCGAACACAGACACACUCAGAGUCACCUGGCAGAAGGCUGAAGCUGAUGAAGAUUGUCCAGUGCUGCAUUAUAUGGUUGAGUAUAAAGAGGCAGGAUUGGAGGGUUGGUCAGCAGUACAAACACAAGGACCUGAGUGUGAAUGCACUUUAACUGUACCUCACAGCACCUGCUAUAGAGUCAGAGUCUCUGCUGUCUAUGAGGAUGCCAUCAGCAAAACUACUUCAGAAACAGAAGUACCAGUGGAUGUCUGGAGGAUAAAGCUCUCAGAGAGAAAGAUCUCCAUCCUCCAAGAAGUGCUGAAAAUCCAAACAGAGAAGAAACCAGUAGAGCUGAUAGACUGGACAGAUGAAGAGAGUGAAGUGAGGGGAUUCCUCCAGUGUCUGCCCUACAUCUCUGAGUUGAGAUUUGCAGCAUCACAUAAUGAAUCAUCCGACCUAUACAGUAAGAAAUUUAUACUGGAUGUGUGUCUUCAAGCUGCUCUCUGCCAGAAAAAGACAGAAGAUGAAACUGUCAAGAUAUUGCUAUCAUCUGUGGAUUAUGAGAAAUCAGAUUUCCUGCUGGAUCUGUAUUCACAUGUGAAGGACUAUGAGAAACAAACAGGCAAAUGUGUUCUUCCAGCAUUAAAGCUAUUUUAUCAGUCAGCUCCUGCAGUCUGGAGCAUUGAUCUGUCACAAAGAAAGAGCACAUUCUUCCUAGAAGUGCUGAAACUCCAAACAGAGAAGAAACCAGUAGAGCUGAGAGGCUGGACAGAUGAAGAGAGUGAAGUGAGGGAAUUCAUCCAGUGUCUGCCCUACAUCUCACAGCUCAGAUUUUAUUCCUUUCCCCUUUGUAAGGAGAGAACUGUUCAAUUUCUAGUAAAUCUCAUAGUCACAGCAUCAAAGUAUAAUACAAUUAAAGAAAAUUACACGGAUCUGCUCACAUCUGUAUGCAGCUACAGCACUUUCCCAUUUGAUGAGAAGUAUUUUUCUGUUCAAGCAAAUCAGUGUGAUUUCCUUCUGGAUCUGUACUCACAUGUAAAAGACAAUGAGAGUCAAACAGGCAAGAUUGUCCUUCAAGCAUUACGGCCAGUUUAUCAGUCAGCUCCUGCAGUCUGGAGGAUAAAUCUUUCAAAGAGAAAGAGCUCUCUCCUCCUAGAAGUGCUGAAACUCCAAACAGAGAAGAAACCAGUAGAGCUGAUAGACUGGACAGAUGAAGAGAGUGAAGUUAGGGGAUUCAUCCAGUGUCUGCCCUACAUCUCACAUCUCAGAUUUCAUGCAGCACCUAAAGAAUCAUCUCAGCCAUGGAACAGAAGAAAAAGAUUCAUAUUGGAUGUGUGUCUUCAAGCUGCUUUCUGUCAGAAAGAGACAGUAGAAUUAACAUUUAAGAUAUUGCUAUCAUCUGUGAAUUAUGAGAAAUCUGCAUUCCUGCUGGAUCUGUAUUCACAUGUGAAAGACUAUGAGAGUCAAACAGACAAGAUUGUCCUUCCAGCAUUACAGUCAGUUUAUCAGUCAGCAGCUCCUGAAGUCUGGAGGAUUGACCUGUCACAAAAAAAGAGCUCCAUUCUCCUGGAAGUGCUGAAACUCCAAACAGAGAAAAAAACUGUUGAGCUGAUUGACUUGACAAAUGACAAUAUAGAAGUGAAUAUAUUCCUGCGGUGUCUGCCCUACAUCUCUGAACUGAGAUUUGUUUCAUCACAGAAUGAAUCAGUUGAACUGCGGAACAAGAGAAAGAGAUUCAUACUGGAUGUGUGUUUUCAAGCUGCUCUCUGCCAGAAAAACACAGAAGAUGAAACUGUCAAGAUAUUGCUAUCAUCUCUGAAUUAUGAGAAAUCAGAUUUCCUGCUGGAUCUGUAUUCACAUGUGAAGGACUAUGAGAAACAAACAGGCAAAUGUGUUCUUCCAGCAUUAAAGCUAUUUUAUCAGUCAGCUCCUGCAGUCUGGAGCAUUGAUCUGUCACAAAGAAAGAGCACAUUCUUCCUAGAAGUGGUGAAACUUCAAACAGAGAAGAAACCAGUAGAGCUGAGAGGCUGGACAGAUGACCAUCUUGAAAUUAACAGAUUCCUGCUGUGUCUACCUUACAUCUCACAGCUAAGAUUUUAUUCCACACAGAAUGAAUCAGCUGAACUGUGGGGCAGUAGAAAGAGAUUUAUGCUGGAUUUGUGUCUUAAUGCUGCUCUUUACCAAAAAAAGACAAUAGACACAGCUGUCAAGAUAUUGCUAUCAUCUGUGGAUUAUGAGAAAUCAGAUUUCCUGCUGGAUCUGUGUUCACAUGUGAAGGACUAUGAGAAACAAAAAGGCAAAUGUGUUCUUCCAGCAUUAAAGCCAUUUUAUCAGUCAGCUCCUGCAGUCUGGAGCAUUGAUCUGUCACAAAGAAAGAUCUCCAUUCUCCUAGAAGUGCUGAAACUCCAAACAGAGAAGAAACCAGUAGAGCUGAUAGACUGGACAGAUGAAGAGAGUGAAGUGAGGGGAUUCAUCCAAUGUCUGCCCUACAUCUCUGAGUUGAGAUUCUGUCAUUGUGUGUUCAGUAAGAAGAGACCUUUCCAGUUUCUUGUAAAUCUAAUUGUUGCAGCAUCAGGGUCUAAUGAAAUAGGUGCUGGAAAAAAUUACACAGAUCUGCUUACAUCUGUAUGCAGUUACAGCACUUUCCCAUUUGAUGAGAGAAAUUUUUCUGUUCAAGCAAAUCAGUGUGAUUUCCUGCUGGAUCUGUGUUCACAUGUGAAGGACUAUGAGAGUCAAACAGGCAGGAGUGUGCUUCCAGCAUUACAGCCAGUUUAUCAGUCAGCAUCUCCUGCAGUCUGGAGGAUAAAUCUCUUCGAGAGAAAGAGCUCCAUCCUCCUAGAAGUGCUGAAACUCCAAACAGAGAAGAAACCAGUAGAGCUGAUAGACUGGACAGAUAAUGAGAGCGAAGCGAGGGAAUUCCUCAAGUGUCUGCCCUACAUCUCACAGCUCAGAAAUGCGGAUCACUAUUUCCCAUCACUAUGUAAAGUUUCCAGCAUCAAGGCUGAUAAGGUGACUCUGCUCCAGGCUUUAGACUGUACUAUCACGCUAAGUGGAAAAUUACCCAGCAGCACAUGCAGAUCUGUGGGGAAAGUUUUGGGGCUUUCAUCCUCAAAACUAAACCUGACUCUAAAACCACAGGCCAUCUCCAUCAGAGGACUCAAACUGCUCCUCAGGCCCAUCAAACAGCUGCAGAAACUGAGUGUGGAGGACAAAUUUUUAUUAAAGAUGGUCAGAGUGCUGAGGUCAAUUAAUUACCGUUUUCCAUUGGCCACAGAGAAGCUUUCACUGGACACAAAUGACUCAGAGCAAAAUCACCUUCACAUCCUGAGCAGCUUAACGUCUCUCCUCAGAUUGAUGUCUGUCAAGUGUUUGGAUCUUUCUCAGUGUAAAUCAGAGGCUCUGACAUUCACAGCACUUUUGUGUCUCCAGGAACAUUUGACUCUCAGGUUUUCCCAAGAGACUCUUCAGCAGCUGAUUUCAGUGGUGUAUAAAGCACAAGAUGAUUUACUGACAAGCUUUUUUCUGAAGAGAGUGUCUAAAGAUCUGACUUUCUGCUCACUGAACUGGGAAGUGAUUCAUUACCUUGUGCAGUGUCACAUGCAAAAUUUCAAGUUGGACUUAAGUAAGAGGAAAAUAUCCUGUGAAAACAUCAAAGAGUUUCUGCCUUGGUUAAGCAGAAUACACUGGAAAAGGUUGAGUCCGAGUCUCACUCUGUCCAUCAUUAUGGAAAUUUAUGAGAGUCGUUUUCCUGAGUAUGUGUCCAGUCUAAUGAGUUCAGCAGGGAAUUACAUCAACCUGAAUGGAAGAGUGUUGGACUCUGUUCACUGUGCUGCCCUGCGCUUCACUCUGGAGCACUGCAACACUCUCAAACUCAAUCUGCUCUGGACAUCCAUACCAGAAGAGGAGCUCAAGAGCAUUCUGCCUUUGUUCAACAGAGUCACACAACUCAGUGUUGACAGGCUGCUGUUGCUGAAGCUGCUUCACUGCUGCAGUUCCACUGAUGUCCAGCAGGAGGCAGCAGCUGCUCUGCUCUCUGCUCUAAAAAACACACUGGACUUCUCCUGCUCCACCGCUCUGGAUUUAACAGACACAGAGGAAAAUCAAGAACAUUUUAAUCUAAGCAUCAAAGACAGUUCAAUAAUCUCAUCUGUACUUCAGAAAACUCUAAAUGUGAAGCUGAUCUUAAAGGACUGUGAGCUCUCUGAUGAGGCUCUGAAACAACUUUGGCCAAUUUUGCCUAAAGUCCAGCUGAGCUGUAGUAAAGCUCUGCUGCUGCAGUUUCUGGCUUGUAUUAGUAAAGACAGAGCUGAGAGACGCUGUUUGAGGAGCGCUGAGGCUCUUUCACAGGCUUUGGGAGAAGAGAUGGACCUCAGUCACACUCAGAUGGACCAGAGAUCUUGUGAACAGCUGGCGGUGUUUCUGGAAUAUUCUGAAGGGUUGACAGAACUGGACCUCAGUCACUGUAAACUCACUGAUCAGUGUAUGGAGCCGCUGCUGCCUCAUCUGCACAAAACCCAGACUCUAGAUCUGAGUCACAAUAACAUCACAGAUGAAUCAGCAAACAAAAUCCACAGCAUCGUCUCUAAUCACAGCAAUAUCCAGACUGUACGACUUUUCGGAAACAGAAUCAAUGAUAGAAAGCAGUUCAUCAAAGACAAGAGAUUUGAAAUAUGGUGAAGACCCUGAACUGCAAGCUGAAGAUUUAUAAAUAGUAGAGCGGGAUGAAUAUCUUCAUUCAUUUACUAACAAACUGCUUUGUUUGGUAGUUAGAUUUUUUUAUGAGCAAUUGAAAAUGCAAAUCUAUAUAUCUUUACUGUAAAUGGUUAAUUUGAAAAGCUAAAUACAAAAAGAAAGCUAUAUACAAAUCCGUGUUAAUGAUGUAUAUCCUGUAAGAUAUUAAGCAAAAGUUUCUUUGUGUGUAUGUAUUCUUAAUUUUAAAGUGUUUAUUUGAAUUUGAUUCACUUACAAAUCCAUCAUAACAAUGUAUUCUUGAUAAAGUAAGAAAAAGGUAAUGUACACUUAUAAUGUUGAAUAUAAACAAUAUAUAUUUAUGCUUUUUAUUCUUCUGUACCAUGUUUUACACUAGCUCUUUGAAAAAAACUUGUUUAAAAGCAUAAUAUAAAAGUACUCCAGUUACUGUUAGUGCACUUUAUUAACCUGCUAUAAAUAUGUGGAUGUUGACUAAUGGUGUUAUGGUUGUUUCUUUAACCAGCCACAAUAACUCAACUUUUAUAAUCAAUUAUAAGAUUGAUCAAUAAACUUUAUUUUGAUCAUUA